CAUCAUCCGUCGCGCGUCGCCAUAGCCACCAUUGAUGCAGGAGAGAUCAGUUCAGACCUGCCACCGGGUAAGAUCUCUGCCACGGAUAUUCGCCGUCUUCGGGUGAGGGCUGCGGCAAAACUCCGAAUCCGUCUCCAGGCCAGUCGAGCCAUCUUAUCAUCACCGUACAAUAGAGGUAUAAUAAAUAAUACGAAGCUUGUCGAUUCUAAGGUAAGAAACUACACGAUGGACCUGGCGAGGUUCGCAGCUAGCCUCAACUCUAAAGCGCUGCCAAGGAGCCUAUACGGCACUCUUCCUAUUAUCGGGGUCGACAUCAUCACAGCUGUGCUGACCGGCAUGGUUAAACCUGUCUAUAAGUCUUCGACGGAGGCACUAACAACCAUCCACGGCAACAGCGGACCCCAGUCAGUCGCAGCCAUAGACGGCUUAGAGACCACAAUCUUUGGCGCGAUGUAUCUCAACGGUACUGCAGCCGGUGCAUUACAAAUCGAGCACGUCGUGCUGAACGCGCAUCCGUCCUCCUCUGUCCUCCCCGCUCUGCUAGUCUACGCCUCCACUCGAAACACAAACACCAGUGGCGAGGACUUCCUCACUGCUCUCGCCGCAGGCUACGAAGGCUGCGCGCGAAUCGGCCUCGCAUCAUGCUCCUCAGUAGAAGACGAACGUGGUUUCAAGAACCCGGCCAUCAACGGACAGCUCGCCAUGGCGGCGGCGGUCGGUAACCUCCUCAGCUGGGACGCCGCGACCAUCGCGUCCGCUAUGGGGCUCGCGGCAUCAAGUUCAGGCGGUCUCGUGGCUUUCCAGACGACGGACGCCCAGACGAAGUAG